CUUUUGUACUAAUUCCAUCGUCUAAUUUGUGUGAGAACUCGUUGCAAGGCAAAAUCAUGUGACUUCAGGUGCUAUUGUCUUUAGCUGGUACCCACAUAGUGCCUAUUCAAUAGGACCCUGCAACUUGUUCUUGACCUAUAAAAACACAUACAAAGAAGUGUUUACCAUAACAGCUCUCACUGCAACUUGAAAUCAUACAAAGCUUUUCCGCACUUCAAGGCCCUUACUAGUUCUUCCCCUUCCUUAUUUGCUCAUCCAUAUUGAACUUAACACCCAUGGCUAUUCGUAUGCCUCGUAUAAUCAAGAAAUCCUCUACAACUGGAGAUGUUCCAAAAGGCCACUUUGCUGUUUAUGUUGGUGAAAAGCAGAAGAAGAGAUUUGUAAUCCCGAUAUCAUUCUUGAGCCAACCUUUAUUUCAAGACUUGCUUAGUCCAGCUGAGGAAGAAUUUGGCUUUGAUCAUCCAAUGGGCGGUGUCACAAUUCCUUGCAGAGAGGAUGUGUUCAUUGAUAUUACAUAUCGCUUGAGUAGGAUCUGAAGAUAUUACAUGUGACAGUUUUGUAAAGAAUAGAAUUUCCAGUUUGUACGUUAGAGGAAUUAGGAAAUGCACAUUAUUUGCACCAUAUUACUGAAAAUUAGAUAGAGGGGGCUACUGUAAACUGCAAUAGUAGAUCCCAAUUUUGUAUGUAAUUUUCAGUAGCCGAUGUCUAAAAGAUAUACACCACAAAUCUUCAGUAAAUGAAAUUUGUGCAGUUUCAUUCUUUAG